CACAUUUUUAUUAUCAGGUGUAUCGCCCCCAAUAUCGUCUUAAUCAGCAAGACGUUCCGAGAUGAACUCGUUAUUGCGGAAUUUGAAGACUUCCGGAAACGGAUUGAUAAGUUGUACGAGAGAUCAAAGAUGAACAAAAAUGGGAAGGUAGCAACUUAUAUUCCCAUAUUGGCCAGAGCUGACCCCGACAGUUGGGGCGUGUCUGUGUGUACUGUGGAUGGGCAACGGCAUUCCAUCGGCGAUGUUAAAGAUCCGUUUACCAUCCAGUCGGUCAGUAAGACGCUGACCUACGCCUCAAUCCUUAAUGAUAGAGGAUCAGAGAAGGUUCACGAGUACAUUGGCUAUGAACCUAGUGGUCAUUCCUUCAACAAGAUUCGCUUGGACGUCAAUGGAAAACCUCAUAAUCCUAUGAUCAACACCGGCGCCAUAUUGGCCUGUUCGUUGCUGAAGCCCGAGAUGGACAAACGUCAGAGGUUUAAUUAUGUCAAAAAUAAGUUCCAGAAUUUGGCUGGUGGCGAAUUCAUGCGGAAAAAUUUAGGCGCUUUUCUCUCCGAGAAAGAUAAUGCUGACCAAAAUUUUGCAAUAGCCUACUACAUGAAAGCCAAUAAGUGUUUUCCAGAAGGAACCAUUCUAGAAGAGGUCCUAGACCUUUAUUUUCAGCUCUGUGCUAUUGACAUCAACUGUGAAUCUGGAGCAGUCAUUGCAGCCACUUUGGCUAACGGAGGGGUCUGCCCCAUCACUGACGAUCACCUACUGAGGUCAGAGACAGUUCAGGACACACUUUCUCUCAUGUUUUCGUGUGGAAUGUAUGACUACUCUGGCCAAUUUGCCUUCAAGGUUGGACUUCCGGCUAAGUCAGGCGUGUCCGGGUGUAUUAUAUUAGUGGUCCCCAAAGUAAUGGGAGUGUGUUUGUGGUCUCCUCCACUCGAUCAGUGGGGCAACAGUUGCAGAGGAAUCGAAUUCUGUGAGAACUUCAAUGAACAGUUCCAUUUCCAUAACUUUGACAUUGGAAAAGAAAUGACACUAAGACAAAGGCAUACGUCAAGAAGUAAAUACCAGAACAAAGCCAUGGAAGUCGUCAAAGUCCUGUUCGGGGCUUUCAAGGGAGACGUCACGGCCAUGCGGAGGUAUGCUCUCCAGGGUGUUGAAAUGAACCAACAGGACUAUGAUGGGCGGACGGCUUUACAUGUGGCAGCCGCUGAGGGACAUCUGAACGUCGUCAACUUCCUCCUAGAGGAAUGUCACGUGGAUUUUCGUCUAAAAGACAGAUGGGGUUAUACACCAUUGGAAGAGGCAAAGCGAUUCGGAAAGAAAGAUAUUGAAGAACUGUUGGAGCAAAUGGCUGGAUACGAAGUGGAAACUUGAAUAAGGAUAUACCUUAUAAAGAACAUUUACAACCAAGACUUAUCCAGUUUAAUAUUAUUUAUAAACUAAUUCCGAAAUAAUAUAAACACAAUCAACACGUUAGAACAAAUAGAUUACGUGGUUAGUGUCUGAAAAUAUGAACCGUAUUUUGGCGAGGGUAAAGAAAGACAAAAGUGGCGAGCCUUUGCGAUUUAAUUUCGCCACAGUCACGGUAUAGCGCGAAAAGACAUGUUAACACAAUGCAAAUAUGUAUACUGUUUAUUAUAAUUCGCGUUGAUGUAUUCCAUAUACAUGUGUACAUAUAAACAAAUGUCUAGACGUACUAGCAUUUCUAUUGCAGAAGAUUGCCAACCCGGAUGUGCGCGAAAUCUAAUACCAGCGAAUUAGUUCUAACCGACAACCUCAGUAAAAGAGAUAUACAGAUAAUAUAUUUAUUCAUAUAUAUAUAUAUGACCGUGACUACUGGGUGCAGACAACUGUAAAUCAAAUUAUGAGAUUUAUUUCGCGUUAAUACGCGAGGAGAGUCAGUCGCGAAUCCAAAUACAUCGCGAUUAUUAUUAUUAUUAUACCGAUAUAGGAGUCUUGCGGAGUCCAUUAUGCUUAUGGUUCAUCAUUCGCGAAUUAAAAGUCAUUUCUAGAUCAGCGUUCGCGAGAUCAUGUAUUCGCAAAUAUGUCUGAAGUGAAAAAUGCGCAAAAUAAAGCAUUCGCGAAAUCUAAGUGAUUUACAGUAUUGUAUCAAACUGACAAUGGCAUAUUUUGUCAAGGGAUCAUAUUGCAAUGGAUAUACAAUGUAGUUAUCUACGUUUAAGUGUAGAAUAAAAACAAUUCAAACA